AUGGCGCCACCUUGUGACGUCGCCAUCACCAGCACGACACGGAUCCAAGCCGAAUCGCCAUCACAAACUUCUUGCAUUGUGCCCUUGUCGCUGUUGGACGCAACGACUGCAGAAUUCGCCUUGACCAGUGCCGUUUGGUUGUUUGAUCGUCCGCGGCUUGCUUCUCAGCAACCAUUCGACUUGACCGCCCAUCUCGCAUCUACCCUAAGCACGACGUUGGAUGCUUAUCCGCAAUGGGCAGGUCAAAUCGAAGCCGUACAAACUGUUGAUGGCCAGGGUCCAGCUGAAGCAACAGAGAUUCCCGUUCAUGCGCGCCGCUUCGGGCGCCUUUUUGCAAAGUUUGGAGACAAACGAGACCCUGGUGUUGCAUUCAGUGCAGCGACAUGCGCGAUUACGCUUGAUGAGCUGUAUCCUGCCGAGCGGCGAGUGCAUCACACGUUUUGGGACAGCCAAGCCUGGCUAAAUCGAUUCACCUCCCAAGCGGACAUUGCCAAUGCAUUCCAGCCCGACGUUCAAGACACAAAUGGCCUUCUCAAGCCUGUCAUGGCUAUUCAGGUUACAACCUUGGCUUGCAGCGGCUUUGCCUUGGCUGCCAAAAUUGCUCACCCGCUUGCCGACAUCACAGCUUUAGUCACCUUCAUGAAUGACUGGGCAACCAUCAGCCGCACGAGUAUUUUGCAGUUGGAGCGAUGCAGAUUAUGUCCCGUAUUCAAUCCAUGCAAAGUCGAUGCUGCCGCAGCGCGCAACAUUGACGCCCCGGAGCCUGCUGCCGAGGUGCUACAGCGGUCAGCAACCAUGCCCAUGCAUCGUUACGACUGGUGGCGAGACGUCUCAGGCUGUCCCUGGCCUACGAAUAUUCCGGAACCAUUUCAAAAAGCCAAGAUGGAGGCUGCUGGCACCGCGAUGCCAUGGUCGGAAUGGGAGACUGGCUCUCCAGUGUCAUGCUCCAUUGUUCGCCUCAGCGCAGAGCAAGUGGAAUUUCUCUGGGCCAGCGCCAACAAGGAAAGCGGGCAGAGACUCAGCCGCCAUGAUGCAGUCUUGGCACAUAUAUGGUCCUCGAUAAAUCGCGCUCGGCGCUUGGGCACAGAUACUGGCCCUGUACACUGCGAUCUUACAUGUGGCGUGCGCCCGGUGCUUCAACUGGGUGGUUCCUUUAUAGGGUCUCCAAUAGUCAUCAUCAAUAUCCAGGCGUUGGGUGCCGAGGUUGCCGGAGAAGCAGCAAGUCUUGGUUCUAUUGCAACCCGCGUUCGAGGAACAAUAGAACAAGUUCUCAAGCCAGAGCCUAUCGGGGACCAUCUGCAUAGCCUCGCCUACGAAAAGUCGCCUCAGAGAAUCUGGCAGGCGUUCCUGGGCCGGCGCUAUAUCCUUGUUACAACCUGGGCGCGUGCUGGCGUCUACAAUAUCGAUUUCGGAUUCGCCUCGGAAAUUCGCUACGUAGAUGGCAUUGUGCCAGAUAUGGACGGCAUAGUGGUGAUCAAGGAAGCGCCACCGAUUGUUGCGGCUGAGGCGUCAGACACAUCGUGGACACGCAGUGGUGUAGAUGUCUCUAUUCGCAUUCGUGCCGAAGACAUGGAGCGUUUAUUGGCAGAUCCGCUCCUUUUCCCUUCUUUUCCCUUGCUAUGUUAG